AUGGCCGAACUGCCGGUGACCGACCGGACCCUGGACCUGUCCCGCUCCAACGGCCGCUUCACCAUCAGCACCCUGAUCGGCACCGAGGACAGCAACCGAGGGCCUUACGUCCAAGGCGACACAGCCGUCUACGACACCAGCCAAGGCAACCACCUCACCCACAACAACACCUUCUACCUGCGGACCUUUGGCUACAACACCGUCGAUGUCGUGCCCACCUAUGAGAACUACGCCAACACCAAGAUCUCCGGGGAAUGCAAGAAGCCCCGGCCCACCCUCGCCGACCUACACUCCUUCCUCAAGCAAGAAACGUUCCACCGUCACUCACCGGGGUACGAACCCCAUCGAAGUGAUAGUUUCAAUGAAGGAGGGAAUGAUGAUGCCGCUAUUGAUGGGGACAAGAAACCCGAAGGAGAGCCGGUCCGGUUUGGAUGGGUCAAAGGAGUGAUGAUCCGUUGCAUGCUCAAUAUCUGGGGCGUCAUUCUGUACCUUCGUCUUCCUUGGAUCACAGCGCAAGCCGGAAUAGCGUUGACGUGGGUCAUCAUAUUGAUGUCUGUGACGGUGACCACCAUCACGGGGUUGUCCAUUUCGGCCAUCUCCACCAACGGCAAGGUGAAAUCAGGUGGGACGUAUUUCCUCAUCUCGAGGAGCCUUGGACCUGAGCUGGGUGGCUCCAUCGGCCUCAUCUUUGCCUUCGCCAAUGCCGUGGCCGUGGCCAUGCACACCGUGGGCUUUGCCGAAACCGUGCGGGAUUUACUGCUCGAAUACGACUCAACCAUUGUGGAUCCCACGAACGACAUCCGCAUCGUCGGGAUCAUCACAGUGACGGUGCUUCUUGGAGUUUCCUUGGCUGGGAUGGAGUGGGAGGCCAAGGCGCAGGUUCUCUUCUUCAUUGUCAUCAUGAUCUCCUUCGUAAACUAUCUGGUGGGGACAGUCAUUCCAGCGAGUCAAGAGAAGCAAGCCAAAGGGUUCUUCAGUUAUAGAGGGGAUAUUUUUGCCCAGAACUUUGUCCCCAACUGGCGUGGACCUGACGGCAGCUUCUUUGGCUUGUUUUCCAUCUUUUUCCCAUCGGCCACCGGCAUCUUGGCAGGAGCCAACAUUUCGGGCGACUUGAAGGAUCCGGCGGUGGCAAUUCCUAAAGGGACCCUCAUGGCUAUUUUCUGGACAACCAUAUCCUAUUUGGUGCUUUCUGCUACAAUUGGUUCUUGUGUGGUCCGUGACGCAUCGGGGAACGUGAAUGACACACUCGCCAUGGAUUCGAUGGGCUGUGAAGGCAUCGCUUGUGGCCUCGGCUGGAACUUCACCGAAUGCGCCCAGAGCCAGAGCUGCCGCUAUGGGCUCAUCAACCAUUACCAGGCCAUGAGCAUGGUGUCUGGAUUCGCACCAUUGAUCACCGCGGGGAUUUUUGGGGCCACCCUCUCCUCUGCUCUGGCUUGCCUGGUCUCCGCACCCAAAGUGUUUCAGUGCCUUUGCAAGGACCAACUCUACCCUGCCAUUGGCUUUUUCGGGAAGGGCUAUGGAAAAAACAAUGAACCGAUCCGGGGCUAUGUGCUGACGUACUUUAUCGCAGUGGGCUUCAUCCUUAUUGCGGAAUUGAAUGCCAUUGCUCCCAUCAUCUCCAACUUCUUCCUCUGCUCCUAUGCGCUCAUCAACUUCAGCUGCUUCCAUGCCUCCAUUACCAAUUCGCCAGGUUGGAGGCCCUCCUUCCGGUAUUACAGCAAAUGGGCAGCUCUCUUUGGGGCCGUCAUCUCAGUGGUCAUCAUGUUCUUGCUCACCUGGUGGGCCGCCCUCAUUGCCAUUGGAAUUGUGGUUUUCUUGCUGGGAUACGUGCUCUACAAGAAGCCUGUUGUGAAUUGGGGCUCCUCGGUGCAAGCUGGUUCCUACAACAUGGCUCUGAACUAUUCUGUUGGACUUAAUGAGGUGGAUGACCACAUUAAAAACUACAGACCUCAGUGUCUGGUCCUGACUGGCCCUCCCAAUUUCCGUCCAGCUCUGGUGGAUUUCGUGGGCACCUUCACCAAAAACGUUAGCCUGAUGAUCUGCGGAAAUGUGUUGGUUGGGCCAUGCAAACAGGUCCUCCCGGAGCUCCGGCUCGCUUCCAAGGGCCAUGUCAAGUGGCUGACCAAGCGGAAGAUCAAGUCUUUCUACACAGAGGUCUUGGCGGAGGACUUGAGGGCCGGCGUGCAAAUCCUGAUGCAGGCCUCGGGUCUUGGGAGAAUGAAACCCAACGUCCUCGUGCUUGGAUACAAGAAGAACUGGCAGUCAGCUCAUCCACAGACAGUAGAAGAAUACAUUGGGAUCCUCCACGAUGCCUUUGACUUCAAAUUCGGGGUGUGCAUGAUGCGGAUGAAAGAGGGGCUCAACGUGUCGCGGCUCAUGCAAGCGCACAUCAAUCCCGUUUUUGAGCCCACGGAGGAUCCGGAAAAGAACGGCAACACGCCAUCGGUAGCCGGCACAUUGGAUCCGGAUGCUUUGGUGGCAGAGCAGCAAGCAAGCACCCUUUUCCAAAUCGUACAGGACAAAAAAACCAUCGACAUAUAUUGGCUGUUUGAUGAUGGAGGCCUGACACUGCUCAUCCCAUACCUCCUCAGCCGCAAGAAGAGAUGGGGGAAAUGCAAGAUCCGGGUUUUUGUUGGCGGGCAGAUCAAUAGGAUGGAUGAAGAACGGAAAGCGAUCAUCUCUCUGCUCAGCAAAUUCCGACUCGGGUUCCACGAAGUCCACAUCCUUCCAGACAUCAACCAGAAGCCCCGGCCUGAACACGUGAAAAGAUUCGAGGACUUGAUUGCCCCGUUCAGACUGAACGACGGCUUCAAAGACGAGGCUGCGGUCAACGAGAUGAGGCACGGCUGCCCCUGGAAGAUUUCGGACGAGGAGGAGGCCAAGAACAAGGCCAAGUCCCUUCGUCAAGUGCGGAUGAAUGAGAUCUUGCUGGAUUUCUCCAGGGAUGCUGCUAUUGUCUUCAUCACGCUUCCCAUUGGCAGAAAGGGGAGAUGCCCCAGCAGCCUCUACAUGGCUUGGUUGGAGACCCUUUCACAGGACCUGAGACCUCCGGUCGUCUUGGUCCGAGGCAACCAGGAAAACGUCUUGACCUUUUAUUGCCAAUAGAACAAAACUGGACCAUUUUUCCUUGAAGCCGGAGCAUCCGGAGGUGCAAUUUGGGCUGAAAAUCAAAGACUAAUAAUGGUGGGAAGAACGACUAUUCUUGGUGAC